GAAAUGUAUUAUUCAGCUUAUAGGUAUGAGGUGUUUUUGAGUUUUAGAGGUGAUACUCGGAAUAAUUUUACUUCACACCUCUAUGCGGCUCUAUGUAAUGCUGGCAUAACUGUUUUCAAAGAUGAUGUUGAGCUUGCCAAAGGAAACUAUAUCAAAACGGAACUCUUGCAAGCAAUUGGAAGUUCAAAAAUUGCAAUCAUCAUCUUCUCUGAUGAAUAUUCUGGAUCUAAAUGGUGUUUGGAGGAAUUGUCAAUGAUCAUGGAGCUUCAUGACUUAAAUAAUAGGGUGGUUCUACCUGUGUUUUACCAUGUUGAUCCAUCAGAAAUUCGUCAUCAAACUUCCAAUUUUGGAAAAGCAUUUGAAUAUCUUAUACAAAAAAUUUCACGAUUAAACAAUCAAAUUUCACGAUUUAAAGAUCAAGUUUUAGAGUGGAGGAAAGCCCUUACUAAGGCUGGGAGUCUUGCUGGGACAGUUGUACUUAGUUCCAGGGACGAGAGUGAAUAUGUUAAAGAUGUUGUUAGGCAAGUUUGUGAUGUAUUGGACAAGAAAGAUUUGUUUGUCGCUGAACACCCAGUAGGAGUGGAUAAUCGCGUGGAAAAAGUGAUCACAAUGUUGAAAAACUAUCCGUCUAAAGAUGUUGCCGUGGUAGGGAUAUGGGGAAUGGGUGGCGCAGGCAAAACAACUAUUGCCAAAACCAUUUAUAAUCAAAUGGGUCCCACUUUUGAGAGUAGAAGUUGCCUUUCAAACAUCAGAGAAGUAUGGGGUCAAGAAAAGGAAAAAGUGUGCUUACAAAACCAACUUCUUUCAGAAAUAUGCAAGACAACGCAAAUGAAGAUAAAUAGUAUUGAAGCAGGAAUAAUCACAUUAAAGGAUAGACUUCGCCAUAAAAAGGCACUAGUUGUACUUGAUGAUGUGGAUGAGUUAUCCCAACUAAAUGCAUUAGCUGGGAGCUAUGACUGGUUUGGUCAAGGAAGUAGAAUAAUUAUUACAACUAGAGAUAAACGUCUACUCCCUAUGGGUUGUCCUGUUUACCCAAUAGAGAAUUUGGAUGAUAAGGAAUCUAUUGAACUUUUUAGUUGGCAUGCAUUCAAACACAAAAGUCCUAAAAAAGAUUUCAUUGAACUUUCAAAAAAAAUAGUUGCAUACUCUAGGGGACUUCCAUUAGCUCUUGAGGUCCUUGGCUCUUAUCUAUCUACUAGUGACGACACAAAGGAAUGGAAUGAAGUAUUGCAGAAACUUGAAAAAAUUCCCAAGCAGGAGAUACAAAAGAAGCUAAAAAUAAGCUUUGAUGGUUUAGAUAGUUUGGAGAAAAAAAUAUUCCUUGAUAUAUGUUGCUUCUUUAUUGGGAUGGAUAGAAAUGAAGUGGCACAAAUAUUAAAUGGCUGCAAAUUCUUUGCUGAUACUGGAAUCAAAACUCUUGUGGAGCGAAGCCUUGUAACCAUUGAUGAGAAGAACAAGCUUGGUAUGCAUGAUUUGCUGCGUGACAUGGGAAGAGCAAUAAUUCGUGAACAAUCUCAAAAUGAGCUUGGAAAGAUGAGUAGGUUGUGGUUUCAUGAGGAUGCACUAGCAGUGUUAUCAAAACACAAGGGAACAAAGGCUAUUGAAGGAGUGUCUUUGAUGUCAAAGGUUGGAUCAAAGCAUUUACUUCAGAUAAAAGCAUUUGAGAAGAUGAAGAGACUCAGAUUACUUCGUCUUGACAAUGUACAACUUAGUGGAGAUUACGAAUACAUCAGUAAAGAUCUCAAAUGGCUUUGCUGGCAUCAUUUUCCCAAGGAAUACAUUCCUAGCGACCUUUAUCAAGAGGAUUUAGUUGUCAUUGACUUAAAGUACAGUAAUCUCAGACGAGUGUGGAAGGAAUCCCGGUUAUUGGAGAGUUUGAAAAUCCUCAAUCUCAGCCACUCUCCUCACUUGGUGCAAACACCUGAUUUUUUGAAACUACCAAAUCUUGAAGAGUUAAUCCUCAAAGAUUGUCCAAGUUUGGAAACGAUACAUCAUUCUAUUGGGCUUCAUCCUAAACUUCUUCGGCUAGAUUUGGAGAAUUGUAUUGGCCUUCAUAGUCUUCCAAGAAACAUUUAUGGAUUAAAAUGCUUAAAAGCUCUCAUUCUUUCUGGUUGUGGGAAUAUUAAAAAGCUUGAGGAGGACAUAGAACAAAUGGAAUCUUUGACAACUCUAAUUGCUCCUACAGUAAAACAAGUGCCCUAUUCUUUGGUGAGAUUGAGAAGCAUUUUAUAUCUAUCUGUUUGUGGUCAUGAAGGAUUAUCAAAUCAUGUGAUUCCUUCUCUCUACCGGUCCUGGAUGUCCCCAACAAAUAAUCCACUACGUCUUAUUCCAUCACAUGAGGGCAAGCCAUCAUCAAUUUUGUGGGAUAUACUAAACAGUAUCCAUAGUCCUUCAACAAUCCCAAGUACUGUGCCAAAGCAACAAAGUCCUUUGUUGGAAGAUGGAUUGGAGAUUUCUGAUUCGUUGUGUGCCACAAAUUGUAUGGACAUCUCGAUACUUAAGAAUUGCUUGGAACAUCUUUUAAUUAACAUUGGAAAGAAUUCUCAAGCCUUUUGUACACUUUCAGAGAAGAUUUCACAGGAAUUGAAUCUUACAAAGGAUAGUGAUGACUGUAUUCUUUCUGGUGAUAAUUACCCCUAUUGGCUAACAUUCAAAGGUGAAGGAACUUCUGCAACCACUUUGCGCUACACAGAAGACAAACUGAAAUCCUUGAAAGAAGCAGAGAUGAAAGAAAUAAUAUCAAAUCUGGAACCUCAUGACCAAGUGGAAGUGAUAGCAGUUUUUGGGAAUGGAUUCACUGUGAAGAAAACAGUGGUCUACUUGAUGUACAAUGAAUCAAUUGAUAAACAGAUGGAGCCUUCAACAUCUGAAGCUGUAAAUUUAACUAGCACCAAACGCAAUUGUGAGGAGGAGUAUGAGGCACAUCAAUCUACCAGACCUAGAAAGCACAAGGUUUCGUUAUUAUCCGUGGAAGCCAUGUUCACCACCUGCAUCUUUGUAUUUGUUCUCGAUGUAGUCCAUAUAAACUAUUGGGUUCUGACUGUUUUCUUCGGAGGAUUGAAACUGAGGAUGAGCCUCGGAGCAAUAAUAAGGUUGCAGGCAUGUAUUCCUGGAGAUCAUAGGCUCAAAUCUUCAAAACAGUCAUCCAUGGAUAGGCAUAGGCGCGAUGGGACCACUCCCCUUUUGGUUCAGUAUGAGCCCAUCUUGAGGGUGAAGUCAAGAGCCAGGACGGACUCUAUCGCUUCCCUGUUGGGACUUCUUGUUGAUAGAGGACGAUGA